CUGACCUGUAGGGUGGCAGCAGAGCAGCCGCCAAGCAGCAAGACUACCACAAAAACACACCAGAAGAAGAAGAAGAAGAAGAGUCUAGCCUGUGCAUGGCAAUGUGUCUACCUGACUCUUGCUGACCCUUCAUUGGCGAUUGGCCCCCACAGCCAUCUGUCAACAUGCAAGGAUUCUACUCCAAGCUCGACUCCUCCGCCGCCUCGUCCCCGUUAUUGGGGGUGGGCCUCGGGGGAGAAGGUGCUCCCGUACCUCUCAGCCUGGCUGUGGAGACGGAGAAAGCUCAGGCCCUCCUACAGACAUUCAGCUCCGCCUCUCUGCUGGCGUCAGCAGGACUCGGUAUGUUCUGUGUGGUGGCGGACCACGCCCUCCAGCUUUCCGUCAUCCAGAACCACCUGUGGCUGCGUGCUGCCUUGGACAACGCCACGCACGGAUUGGUGGGGCUGUGGUCAUGGGCAGUUGUUAUUGGACUAAGGAAAAAGAGUGAUUUGUAUGAGGUGCUGCUUGCUGGUCUUCUGGCAUCAAUCAUAGACCUGGACCACUUCUACAUGGCCGGAUCCCUGUCACUCAAGGCUGCCGUCUCGCUCCCUCAGCGUCCACCUCUUCACUGUUCGUCCCUCAUCCCCAUCCUCUGCCUCUCCCUCCGCUUCCUCAUGUGGAUCGGACGCCUCAAAGAUGCUUGGUGCUCCUUGCCGUGGAUGCUUUUCAUAUCCAUGGCGACGCACCACGUCCGCGACGCCGUGCGCCACGGCCUGUGGGUGUGCCCGUUCGGCAACACGGCGCCGCUCCCCUACUGGCUGUACGUGAGCACCACGGCGACGCUCCCUCACCUGUGUUCGGUGCUCAUGUAUCUGACGGGAACCAGGGACGUGAUCUCCACCAAACACGGGGUGGCCAUCGAUGUCUAGAAGUCGCCGACGACGUCUAAUGCCGAUCUGGUAUGGAUCGCCUCUGGGCGAAAAUGUUCUAAGCUGUUUGAAGCAAACUUGAAGAUACUUGAAAUUACUGAAGGAAACGAUCUAAGAAUCGGAUAUUUUUUCCCCACAAGAAUGAGGAAACUCACUAUAAUGGAAAACUACAAUUUGGGUUUCCAUGGAUUGAGACAUCUGUAAAAUAACAAAUUAGCUGUUUGAAAAAGGAACGUUCCAAUAUGAGUGCCAAUCAUGGAUUUUUUUUUCUUGGAUUAAGGAAAUGUUUAAGAAUCCUGCUCACUUAUCUGGAGAGUGAUGCUUUUCUCCGGCAACUGUUUUAAGUGUUGGAGUGACCCUUUAAAGCUUUGACAUAUCGCUCAUCUACCCAAACCCCGAUAACGGAUCCAAGACUUCACAACAUUUCUUGGCCCCUGAACUCUUAACUAGUCAUCACCUGAACCAUCACUAUCUGUCCUCGUCUUAAGAAGGAACACUCAAGGAAAAGCCAACCAAAGGUCAUCCAUAGGCUGUAUGACACUGACAUAUUGUUACCAGUGUCACCCUCAGUGCAUCCUACAGUAUAUUACCACUGUUUAUUCCACUGUGCAUUUAAAAUUGCUCAUCUUGCCACAAUAGUGAAAUUUGAACGUAGAGUAUGUUUUAGAUCUACCACAUUCCAAUGACCGAGCCACCAUUAAUCACCACAAAACAUUAUCUUUGGCUGUUAGGUUAAUGCCUGUACUAUCCAGCUGUCACCUCUCUGCCACUUCAGCAGACUCUCAUUUUGCUGCUUGGACGAGCCUUAUUGUCCAGUCAAAAAUCACUUUUCCUAUAGAAGCCACUUUUUGCAAAAUCAAAGGUUUCAGUGCCAACCAUGUCAGCUGUGGUUAUGGAUCAGGAUUUUGUGGCUCAAUGCCAUGUCUAGGUGCUACAAAUUUCAAAAAAUUCGUAGCAUCUAGACAUGGCAUUGGCAUUGACAUUGUUGAAUUUAGCUGAAAAACACAUCCUUAUUCUAAGUUCUGUUGGCUGUUAAAAGGUGAACAGGCCCGGUAUACUGUUUGCAUGAAUCAACCUGGAAGUGAGAAAUAUUCCACUUUAAAGAGAUACUGUGCUCAAGAUGCUGUACAACUUACUGUUUUUUAUUUUUACAUUUUCUUUUAUUAAGCCUUUAUUUUAGCAGAAAUAGUGUUUCAAACACGAUACACACAAACCUUUAAAACACAAAACAAUCACACAGUAUUUCAGAUAACAUACAUACAAACAUUUAAAGGAACAGUGUGUGACAUUUAGCCUUUUGUGUAUAUUCACCUGAAAAUCAUGUUUUCAUUACCUUACAAUGAGCCGUUUAUAUCUACAUACGGAGCGGGCCGCCAUGUUUCUACAGCAGCCCAGAACGGACAAACCAAACACUGAUUUUUAGAUAGGACCAUACCAUUUUCACGUCAGCCACCGUAGUUCUCCUACACGCUUGGCACGCAGGUGAAGUUCAGUUCGUUGCAACUUGCAACCUCACCACUAGAUGCCGCCAGAUCCCUACACACUGCACCUUUAAAACACAUAAAAAAAAAAAAUCAACUACAGUCAUAUGUCCAGGAAGACAGUUUCAAACAGGAAAGUCCAGGAAUAUUAUUUUUCACAGAUUUGGCUCCGUUGUUGCUAAGGAUGAAAUGACGGAUGAUUUUGUACUUUAAUGUAAGUAUGAUAAGUGUAUGGUGUCCCAAGUCACCUCUCUAGUUUAUAUCAAACAUAGAAAGGAUAAGGGACCAGAGGCCUGUACUUAGACGCAAGUUCAACAUACCCAGGGUGUCUUCUCGUUAUCUGGUUUAACUGACCCCAACAACAGCGAUCCCACUAAGCGGCCCUACGACGGUGGCUAUCAACUCGGUAAAUCAAUAACUUUGCGUAUCCUGUUAAAUGAAUAUGUUGCUUACAGAAUAGAAUAGAAUAGAAGCAUAGAAGAUACUUAGUAUUCCCUUUGGGGAAAUAGUGGUGUGUGUGACACUUUCAGCCUCGUUUCAGCUCCAACCCACAGCCGUGUGAAAUAAAAACUUGGAAGCAAAUAAAAAAAAUAAUUUAAAAACAUAUUUCAAAGCAGUAAGCAGGCUUACUUUCAUAUCUUGUAAUCUCCUACAGCAUACAUAAAACUACCGGUAGCAAAGUAACGCAAGGCAAUAUAUACAGUCUGCAGGACUGUAAACGCACGACUCUGACGUAUAUAAUAAUUAUUCUUUUUAUUUGCUUCCAAGUCAGUUUCACACAGUCGCCGAUUUUUUGCCAGCUGUCCUUCUUACAUUUGGCAAUUUAAACUGUGUUGCUAUUAGCCUGGAUUAUGACUUUGUAUUUGUGUAAUAUGAUCUUACGAUCUGCACACCGAUGCUUUGAUUGGUCAGUAGGCGAUGCUUUUAUUCGAGUUGAUCUCUUAUCUCGAACAUAAACCCCAAAUCCUGCUUCGUAGUACAGGCCUCUGGUCUGGAAAGAUUCUGGAUAUUUAUUUUUUAAUGUUAUUUUUUAACAUUCAAGGGAAUGAUUUGUUCAAUAGUGUGUCUAUUGCUAGUAAUAUCUUCAUAUAACUUGUUGAUAUUUACAGAAAUAUAAAAUGGAAAAAAGAUGUAAUUGCUGCAUUAACUUGCUGUAUAUUAGUCCACUGCUGUUUUUGUUAUGCUACUGUAAUUAAAUUAUCGAUUAGUACAUACUACAUAUUAAAAUUUCCAGUUGGCUUUUCAGUGGUGAAACCAUGACUUACAGAAGGACAUGGGUUGUUUGUUUUUUAAACUAUUUAUCACAUGAAUAUUAUAAUCCACUAAGACACAAAACAUUUAGAGGUAGGAAGUCAUUACACUGUUUUAGAUGUAGACUGAUCACACACAAUCCUUCUUUAACAAUCUUAUUUAAUAUAUUUUACAUGAUGCAUAAUAUGUGAUAAUAGAGUGGACUUAAUGGGUUUUAGGAACUUAAAGUUAUUUGAAUGCAAUUGCUUUAAGUAUAAAAGGGAUGGUGGACUCUGAAGAGGUUUUGUAAUAGUCUGCUUUUAUCUUUUUGAAUUGGAAAAUAUUCAACUUAAUAACAGUAUUCUCAAAUAGCCAUAAAAAAACAAUUAAUUUCUAUUUUGUGUGUGUUUAUGCUUUCUUGUGGAGCUGCUGGUGAUUGUAAGGUUGUAGUGGUACUUGUUGUCCACUAGAUUGCGACAGUGAGCUGUAGGUGUUCACAAUGUGUUAAUUUUGCACUAAUCAGGUCUUAAAGUUUGAGAGUUGCAGUGUGUCAUUGAAAAAAAAAUCCUUGUGACAUAAAUUUAAAAAUGUAUUUGUAGUUGAAUUUUGGGAAGGAAAGGUUAUGAUGUCCCAUUUUAGUUACUAGUUAUUUUGAGUAAAACUUGAUCUCUUUUACUGUUGCUUAUGUUUACAAUGUGACCUUCAUUAAUGCAAUAUCAUGAAUUUUGCACAUUUUAUUUAUUUAUUUAUUUAAAUUAUAUUUUGUAUUUGUUGAAUAUGUUUUUUUGACGUUUUGAUUUCAAUAGUUUUAAAGUAUAGAUGGUAACGAGAUGGUUUUAAUGUAGUGUUCUUUUUAGCCCAAUAAAAUAUAUCCUGUGUAUAUA